UUAAAACAUUUAACAACUUAAUACAUAUUAUUUACUAAUUGAUUGAUUUAUCUAAAUAUUUAAUUUUAUCAUCCGUAAUGUUAUACCCAAUCUUAACCAUAGCGUGUAUAUUAUUGAGAGGACAGUUAAGUUUGCAGAGAAAAGAAAAUCUGGUCUUAAAGGAUGACCCAAAUGUUAUCAAUAAAUCAAUCAAUUGGUGUACUAUUGAAGAGUUCUCCAGAUUAUUAAACGAUAAAAUUGCUUUAAAUAAAGCCAUUGAGUUAGCGGCUCACAGACACAGGACUACUAAACAACUAUUUGUCAACGAUUUCAUUAAUAAAGCACUCAAUGAUAAUCAUACCGAUAACAACAACAAUCAUACAAAUAACAAUAAAAUCAACAUUAAGGACAAACAAAUUCAAAUUCAAACUCAAGAUUCUGAGUCCGAUAUAUCACAAGUGAGAAAUGUCAACCAAAUACCAGACAAUAUCAGAUUUCCCACAAUUAGUCACAAAUAUCAUCCAAUAUUAAACACUAACAACAAUAAUGGCUAUGAUUUUGGAUCUCAAAUAUCUUAUACAUUGCCGCCAACGGAGUCUCAUUCAUCACCUAAAAUGGUAAACAAUUGGUCACCAUUUGAGGCAUCUCUACAUAUAUCACCCUUUCUUCUUCCUCAUAGAAAUAUUAAACCUCCGCCCGGCGCUAAAGUAUUGGUGGAGUUUAAGGGAAAAAAAAGAGAAGUAACAAUAAGUGUGAGUCCAUUAAUGACUGUUUUGGAGGCUUUAAAACAGGCAGAGAUUAAAUUUGAGAGAACAUACAAACUAUAUCUUGAAGAUGGGUUAAUAUCAUUUUGGUCGUCACCCAUAUUGAGCUGUAUUAUUGUCGAUAGGAUCAGUACUAUACGUAACACCAAAUCUAUGAUGUGGCAAAUAAGUAUCAUUGGAGAUAAUGGACAGAUUGAGUUUCAAGACUUUUGUUUGCCGGCUGAGAUAUUUGUGAAGCCGGGCUCUACCAUAAAGUUGGUCUAUAUUUCAGUCCAAAACUAACACUUAUUUUAUGUAAUCUUAUUAUACUCUCAAUGCAUUUAAUCGUAGAUUUAAAGUCAUCAUUAAGUCUAUGAGUAAUUCAUUUUUAAACAAUUGUUAUAUAAAUUGAUUUUUUCCAUUAAAUCUAGUCAUUUAAAUAAUACAAAAUUUAUAU